AUGAAUUGUCCCAAGGAAACUAAUGCUUUUAAAGAAUAUUGUCCAAAAAAAGGAUCUUUAGUUUUACCUGUUAAUCAUCAACCUAACAAUUGUUAUAUUAAUUUGAAUGAUAAUGAAGAAAGUACAAUAACAAACUCAAGAAAGAAAUCUACACCUAAUUCUUUUAAUGCACAUAAAAAGUUAUCUACACCUACAAGACAUAAAUUAUCUGCAUCUUCCUUUUUAAUGCCAUUUUCACAAAAUUUUCACUCAACUAAUAAUCUUCAUAAUAGUGAAAAUCAAACUUGUCCAAAUAAAAUGUCAGCCAAUGAAAAGGAGAGUUUGUAUGCUUCUCAACAACUUAGAAGAUGUAGAUCAGCAUCUCCGGCACAAUUUAUUACAAAGAUGGUGUGUAAUUUAAGUCACGAACAACAAGCAUUAAUCAGAAAAUCGUGGCGGCGUGUCCCUAAACAAAAUAUUGGUAAAAUUAUUUAUCAAAAAAUUUACCAAAAAUGUCCAGAAUUAAAAAAUUUUUUGUCAUCAGAUAACAAUUGUGUUGAGAGGCAUUUUAGAUAUUUUGGUGAUAUGCUUCAAUGUACUGUUGAUUCAUUAAAUGAAUUAGAUAAAGCAUUAUAUCCUUGGCUUACUGUGAUUGGAAGUGGGCAUGCUGGUUUUGCCAUAACAACCGCACAUUGGGAUGCAUUUGGAGAGGCAUUGAUAAGUUCCAUAAAACAAUGGAUUUUAUCAGGAAAAGAACAUAAAGAAACAGUAAGAGCAUGGAUGAAAUUAAGUUGUUACUUAAUUGAUACACUUGCAGCAGCAUCAAGAAAUGGUAAUACAACUAAUCCCAGAUUACAAUUAUUAUCAAUUAUUCCACCAAAUUCUGGAACAUCUCAGUUAACUUUUCCUACAAUAUCAAAAUUUGAAAAUGUAAUUUAA